AUGUCCGCCCAGCGAACCAUUGCGGAUGCAGCUAGGCUCCUUGAGCUGUGCGACCUCAUCAGUCGCACGGCGAGGGUCAUCAUCGACCAAUGGGCAGCAGAAAUCCCCGCGGAAAGCACCAACAUCGCUUCGCCAGCUCUCUUCAAUGCGCAGAAGACGCUGCUAUCUGCUUCCGGUUUGCUGACAGAGCUGGUUUCCGACCCGUCAAGCCGUCUGCUCGAGGUCUCGUCCCAGUACAACGAGGCUCGCGCCUUGCAUAUUGUUGCUGAGCUUCGUGUUCCCGAUGUGAUCGCUAGGAAGGAGAGCCAGCAGGCGACCAUCGAGGAGCUUAGCGAGGCCACGGGUAUCGAGAAGCGGAAGUUGGGCCGAUUGAUGCGCUGUCUUUGCUCGAUCCAUAUCUUCCAGGAAGUGUCCCCGAACAUGUUUGCGAACAAUACGAUCUCAGCUGCGUUGGUGAAUAAUGAGCCUCUCCGUGCCUAUAUCAUUAUGUUCGCAUUGGAUAUAUACAGCGCGUCCGACUUCCUCCCCAAGACUCUUCUCGACGCGGAGAAAGGACCAUCCUAUGACGUGCGCAAGACGGCAUUUCAGGAUACAAUGGGGACGACGCAGACUCGCUGGGAGUGGUUUGAGGAGCAAGUUGCUGCUGGACAGCUAAAAGACUACCCGUCCGGAGGAUAUCCCGGACCAUGGGGUCCAACCUUGAACGACAAGAUCAAGGACAAGGCGCCGGACGAAUUGGUUACCCGCCCAGAGCAUGCCAAUUUUUGUCUGGCCAUGUUUGCUGGUGGGUUGGUCUUUGGAGGCGCUCAUCUUUACGAUUACCCCUGGAAAUCUCUUGGAAAGGCACAGAUUGUGGAUGUGGGAGGCGGUGUUGGUGGAUUCUGUAUUCAACUCUCCCGCCUUUACCCUGAGCUGAACUUUGUGGUACAAGACCGUGCCCCAGCCUUGAAGCAGGCGCAGUCCUCGGUUUGGCCCAAGGAGAACCCCCAGGCCCUCGCAGAAGGCCGUGUGUCGUUCAUGACGCACGACUUUUUCCACGAGAACCCCGUCAAGGGGGCUGAUGUCUACUGGCUCAGGUACAUCAUGCACGACUGGUCGGACGACUACUGUGUUCAAAUCCUCUCGGCUAUCCGUGAAAGCAUGGGCCCGCGAUCUAGAAUCCUGAUCUGCGACCAAGUGAUGAACACCACCCUAGGCUGCAAGGAGAUUGAGUCCGCCCCUAAGCCACUCCCUGCAAACUACGGCUAUUUCACCCGUUACAGCCAUCAGCGUGAUGUGGCCAUGAUGGCGCUGAUUAACGGUAUUGAACGUACUCCUGAAGAAUUCAAGGACAUUGCUGGGCGGGCGGGAUUGGUUCUCCGAAAGAUCUACGACUGCCGGAGCCAGGUUGGGUUGGUGGAGUGUGUGUUGCCUGGUUCGCCGUUGUUGAAUGAGGGGCUAUAG